AUGAGUUCCACAGUUGAGCUCGCAUCCUCGUUCAUCGAAGGUGCCCCGCCAGGCGAGGCUCUUACCUCGGACGGAUCGGAUAUUAUCCCCUCUCUCGCGCCUGCGUUUGAAAGAUACAAUGAGAAGCAAUUGACUACCGUGAAGCUACCCGGAGCGAGUCAGGAGGUCAUCGUCAGUGAAUUCAACAAGAUAGAAGGGAACCGAUACUUUGAUGUUGAGAGUCAAACGUCGUUCGGGGUGGAUCAUGUAACACAGCAAGCGUCUGGUGCGCAGUCCUAUGUCCUGGAAUCACAAAAUGCGGAUUUGAUUCAUGUGGAGGUUCACUCGAGGUCUAACCAGUGCAGCAAAUCUCUCCUCAAAUCGCUCGCUAAACACGCUGCGGAACACUACCCCAACUGCUCCUACGGGGUCUACCCUACUGAGGACGAUACCGCUGUCGCUAUUCUACUUGUUGCAAACCGCUACUCGCCAAAUAACUUCUGGAACGGUCGCUUCCGCUCCAUCUACCGAGUCCCCGUGUCCGAGUCGACCACCGUGAGCGGCAAGAUCCUUGUGGAUGUGCAUUACUAUGAGGAUGGCAAUGUGGCUCUCAACACGAACAAGCCCAUUAAUAUUGCCAUUCCCUCGAUCUCUGCUGAGAGCAUCAUCUCCCGCAUUGCGGCUGCAGAGCGAGACUAUCAGGAGGAGCUCAAUCGUGCAUUCGUGCAGAUGGCCGAGGGCGCGUUCAAGAACCUGCGGAGACAAUUGCCCAUUACCCGGCAGAAGGUGGAAUGGGAGAAGGUUGGAGGGUACCGGCUGGGACAGGAUAUUUCUGGUGGAAAGGGACGGUAA